AUGAUGACGACAGGUAGCUGCUCUUCCAAACAAGGCAACGCACCGGUUCCAGUAUUUCAUGACGAAAAUGCCAACCCAAACUUGCCGCUUGCCAUAGCUACAACGACGGAAACUGAAAGAGAAACUGCGGCUUUUGAAGAACCUAAAUCGGUUGCCGGCUCAAUUAUUGAUGCAGCACGCAAUCAGGAAAAUCGUAAGGAACCUGGUCCAUGGAAUAAAGCUCAUGAUAAGAAAACGCCAGGAAAGCUGUUUGCCAAAGUUCCAACUAAUACCGAUUUAGGAUUUAGUAUACACGAAGACGUUGAAAUGGCACAAGAUGAAGACGAUGAAUUCACCAAGCCGCUGCAGCCACCGAUCACAGAAGGGGAACGUAAUUAUGAUAAGCCUUUCAAAUAUCCUCCCAAUUUUAAAAGUAAAAACUUACCACAAAAAGAAUGGAUCACACCGGUCACUAUUGAAAAUGAACCAGAUUCACGAACGCUUCCCAAAUAUAAUAAAUGUUAUAUGUACCCUCGACCUAAUGUAGAAUUUCAGCCAGAGGAAUAUCUAGCAUAUCGCUUCUUUCGAAAGCGCGGCAUAUCAAAUGAAUUUACUGAAAAGCGCAAGCCUUAUUGGUCUAAUGGUAUAGAUUUCAAUAUACGCCAGUAUCCCAAUUUCGCGAAAAAAUCUAGACCACAACAAUUGGGUAAAUCAGAUACUUAUUUCGAGCCAGAAAAUUUAAAAAGUUUGGUCGUAUGCUUUGGCAAGAUGUAUAACCCAAAAGAGAAAGUUGAGUACCAAGUAGAAGAGUUAAUGGCCCAACGCUUACGUCGAAAUGAUACGAUUUUGAUGACCGCUGAUAUGGAUGAGACAUCAUGCGAAAUUAGCGAACGUGUUCAACGACGCAAAAGUUUCUUCCCCACCCGCAGAUCCAUAGCGCCCAAAUAUGCUAUGACAGCUACAAAGAAUAAUGAAGAUGAAGUUGCGACACAAAGAAAACACAUUAGUGAAUUUACGGAGCUUGAGACAAAAACUAAAGAUAUCGAGCCGGUUGUUGCAGUUAUGGAUAAAAAGGAAGUAACUAAAAAUAUCAAUGAGCCUCCUGUACCUGCAACUAAAUCCGAACUGCCAUUCGAAAUAUUCGAAGAUACAACUAGUACAAUCACGCCCACAGCGCCGGCCGCUGAUUUGGCCAAAGAAGUUGUAAUUUUCCAUGGUGAGGUGCCUUCUGCAAGUGGCCCAGAUUUUAUGUUCAAAACUCCUGCAUUGCCUAACUCAACUUCCUUGGGGUCGACGGCAUCGAAAGCCCAAUCCACGAAUAAACUCGGAUUUGAAAUUUUUUCUGAAACUUGUUCAGUUGAGACACAGCCAAUAGCAAGUGCCAUGGAAGGGGCUGUGGGGGGUGCAGUUUAUGAUCCUGAAGAAACAUGUUCAACGCAAACAUUUAAUAUAUUUAUCAAAUCGCAAUCGGUUAGCACACCAAAGAUGCUGCAAAAAAGUGCACCACGCAAAUUUGGUUCAGUUUUGAAGAGUAUUCCGAAUCCUCCAGAAAUUCUGGACAGCCCAGAGUUUCCCUCUGCAGUUGAACCCAAUGUCGAUGAGCAGGAAAAUGCUCUCAAAGGCACAUCCGAGUAUUCGCCAGAAAUGGUAAAACAGCUAUCAACCAUUUUAGAAACCUCGGAGCAUGGCACCACUCAAGGCACUCACACAACAGGUGGUACGACAACAAAGUCCAGUAGUAGUACUUCCGAUGGGGAGGGCGAACGUGAGGUUUUAACACGCCUCAUAAUGCCACAUACUGAGUUAGAAACACUAGAAGAGCGAUCACGUGAAUCGUCCACCAUGCCGCCAGAAGUGGUUGUGUCCAUGGAAAACAUCAGUCUGCAAAGUAAUACAACAACACAGGCCGCAAAUAUAGCUCGGGCAGCUGAAGAUGAGAUGGCUCAUAAAGAGUUGCCAACUAUUGCUACUACCACCGUUGUUGCGCAGGCAGCAACUCCGGCAGAUAUUCGUUUACAAACCGAUGUACACAUACCAGCUAACGCUUUAAAUUUUUCUAUAUUCGAAGAUGAUCGUACUGAGCCGCUCAAAAUUAAACAAGCUGGCAAUUUUACGCGCAUUGAUGAGCCAGAGGACACUGCGGCUGGAUAUGCUAUACGCAGUUUACGUUUUCAAGAGGACAAGACUGAGACUAUGCCUAAAAUGCUGAUGCAUUCGCGCUCAAUAGUUAAAUUUCAGGAAGACAAGACGGAAACAUUGCUUAAAAUCCCCAUAGCACCAACUGCAAUGAUGCAGUUGGAAGCAGAAAAAACUGAUACGAAGAUUGCGCUAGAUCCACCCCAACUGCCAGCUAUUAAAAAUGUCAGUUCGAAUUUGGAUGAUUCAUUUGAGUUUUUUGGACAGACUCCGCCUGGGAAAAGUAUACUGCACCCAAGGUAUGAAGUUUCUGCAUUUAAGGAAUGCAUGGAGGCACGUACCCCAGCAUCUAAACGUCACUGUGAUGCCGAUACACCAGACGUAAUGCACUUGAAGGCAGCGCAAGCUAUACAAAAGCAGACUACCAACUCUUCAUCGAAGAGUGCUUUAACGGCCUUCAAGGGCCCAGCACUUUUCGAGGAUGAACUAGAUAAAGGGGCAUUGAAGAAAGAUGCUCUUUCAUUUUCUACCACCAAACCUCAGAGCGCCCAAAAGCCCAUGGGGCCUUCAGUGCCAGCUGUACACAGAGUAAUCGCGCGCGAUUCGUUUAUGCCUGAUUUCUCUUUUAUUGAGGAGUCACAACCACAACCGGAGGCCAUUGCUGCCAGGACAAAUACUCUGGCCAAUGCCAAUGCAAAACCGAAAGAGUGUUCGACGAAUGUUAUAUUAACUACUGAUACGAACUUAGAAAAACGUAAGCUGGGAGUGGAAUCGCAAGAUUUACAUCAAUCCGCUGCAAGGAAAGCUGCGGAACAAAAUAACAUACAGGAGCAGCAAGCAAAAUCGGACUUAAGUGAUUCCUACUUGAAAGAUUUCUCUGAAAUUAUGGACUCACAACCACAAUCUGAUAAUAAGUGGCAUAGGUCUGCUACCAAAAGUAAGCUUACCGAAAUACAAGCAACGAAAUCAAGUGGAAAUGUAAGUAAUUCGUUUCUCAAAGACUUUUCGCUAGUAAUGGAAUCACAGCCCACCAAAAAGGAAAGUCAAAAAGAAAUUGAAUUUGUUAAAAUGGUGGCGCCAAGCACAACAAACGACGAAGAAAGAGCUAAAUUUGAUCUUGGUAGCUCCUACCUUAAGCAUUUUUCUAUGGUGAUGGAGUCACAACCAUUUGAAAUUGAACGACAGCAACAACUAUUUAACUCUUCUUCCAAUAAAGAAGAGAAAACUGAAAAGGAAGUCAAGAAAACAAAGAUCCGCAAUUCGGUUUUGAAGGAUUUUUCGUUGGUUAUGGAAUCACAGCCCAUUGUACAUGAAAACCAACUUGUGCAAGAUGGUUCGCUCUCUACCUCGACAGUCACAUCAACGACAACAACAAAACCUCUCCCAAUUAAACCUGAAAUAGCUCAGCAAAGAAUACAAGAAAACAACAAACUAGACUUAGGAAGUUCUCGCAUUAAUGAUUUUUCAUUUGUUCCAGAGUCACAACCUUUGGAAAAUUGCAAAUUGUGGCUACAAUGUAAGACAGAAUCAAAUAAAUCAAACAGUAACGCAGCUUCACAAAAUCUGAAUCCGACAAUACACAUUAACGAUUCAUACCUCAAAGAUUUAUCAAUGGCUUUGGAAGCCCCAGCACGGGAAAGUGCAAAGAAACAUCCACAAGAGCUACAAAAACUUGCUGUCGAGCCGAAAACACCAGCGCCAGCACCACCAUCUGUGAAACCUCUAAUGUUUUUAGAUUCGUAUAUGAAAGACUUCUCUGGCUUUCAAGGCCCGUCUGGUAAUAGAAUGAGCGCAAAAAAGAGCAGUACACGUCUAACUUUUUUUAAUGAUUCGAAAAAAGCGAGUGACCUCAUAAAUCCUAUGCUAACGGACGUUAACACCAAUAUAGAAACCAAAACAAGCGCUGCUCAAACGCCAAAUAGACUACUCUUCCUAGAACAAAAACCUCGUACGAGUAUACCUCACAAUCCGCUAAGUAUUCGCCUUUCCGGUGAAAAGUCCUUCGAGUUGAACGCGGAAACCGCUAUGUUCUCCACAAAUAUCAGCAUGAUUAAGAAUUCCACCUUGUUGCCACCUACCGAACUUAAUACCGUACAAGCGCCAACGCCAAUUAAGGAGUACUCAUUGCACAUAAAACAGGAAGAUAAUGUUUUUAAAACACCGCCACCGGCAGUAAAAUUGCCGCCAGCUCCGCCAAAUGCGCCAAACGUAUUAUCGCAAUCCAAUUUGCAGCAAGAAAAACGUACGAGUUAUUCUACAGAAACUAUGUCGGCAAAACAACAAUCAGCUACAAAAUCUUCGCUUUGCGAGAGUAAAAUACCACAACCAUUGGCCACUUUUCAAACAUCAGCUAAGAGCAUUACACAGCCAAUAGCAAUUGAUGUUCCCGAGGAUGGCGUUGAAGCUGAUGAAGCUGAGGCAGAAAUGAGUAUAUAUUUUAAGCACACGCCCAAGACACCGAAAAUUCAACAACAUAUUUGGAAUGAAAAAUCACCCUCUCCGAAAACGCCCUCACAGAAUGUCUACGUGCAUCGCGAAGUGGAUUUGAAUGCAACAGCUCAAAUUAUCGACAAUAACAAGGAAGAUCCGCAGGUCAAUCCUUUUAAUGGUUAUCUGCAAAAUGCCUUCUUAGAGCAAAUCGAAUUUAGCAACUACAUUGCCGGAUUGCCGACUUGCAUGUUGGUAGGACAUGUUUCGCGCCUAAAUAAUACAACCAAGCUGAAGGUCAACGAUGCUGUAUUUGAAGUGUUAAAAUUAGUAGGAGAGGGGGCCUACGGCGCAGUUUACUGUGGUGUGAAUAAUAAGACUGGAAAAAAGUAUGCGCUCAAGCAGGAGCGACCGCCUAAUUUUUGGGAAUACUAUAUCUGUUUGGAGGUGCACAGCCGUUUGAAUUCCGAUGAUUUGGUCUCGGCGUUUAUGAGUAUCGAUUAUGCGCUCAUAGGAAAUAACGCUAGCGUUCUAAUCUCACCAUUUUCAAAACAUGGCUCAUUAAUAACGGUUUGUAAUAAAAUUAAAAAGCAUACAUUGAGGAAUGUAGAUGAAUACGUCGUCAUGUUGUUAGCUUGUGAACUACUCAGCAUCAUUGAUCAUCUACACUCAAUUAAUAUAAUACAUGCAGACAUUAAAGCAGAUAAUUUUAUAUUGAUGAAGAAUUUAGAUUACCGCAGUAGUCAGUAUUCUUUACAACUAAUCGACUUUGGCGUAUCAAUAGAUAUGAAAUUAUUUGAGCGCGGGCAGACCUUCAAUUACGUCCACAAUGAAAAUGCCUUCAAGUGUGUGGAAAUGCGUGAAGGACGCCCGUGGACGUACCAAUUGGACUUAUAUGGCUUGGCAGGUGUCAUUCACGUCAUGCUCUUCGGUAAAUUCAUGGAUAUUGCACAACGUGCCAAUGGCAUCUGGAUGCAUAAGACGCAUGUGCCACGCUACAUUAAUCGCAACCUAUGGGAUUCAAUAUUUCAGUCUCUACUAAAUAUACGGGACUGUGGGUCGAUGCCAAAUUUGCAAAAUCUGCGUGCACUUAUUAAGGAAGACAUAGCGGAGAAGGAAAAGUUCGUACUGAGGAAGGUGGCCGAGUUCAAUGCAGCGUUAAGUGCUUGAAACUACGAAAAUUUAUUGAUUUCCCAAUGAAAUAUGCAGCAAGUAAUUUUGUAUUUCACAUAAUAAAUUAUAAGAUUUUACUAUACACAA